AAUGAAAGAUUUGGCGUUCCAUACCAUAGUCUAAUAAUGUUGACAAGCUGCGGAAGAUAAACGAUGAAUGAAAGAUGUUGAAAUUGGGAUAAGAUAACAAGAGGAGUUAAUCAAUAACCCAGACCAGCACGAUGGCCUGCAAAACAUAUAUGGACUCUGAUAGUAUGCGAAAAAUCCUUAGGACAGCAGAAACAGUGACCGAGUCUGAAAGUGCAAGGAAGCUGACGAGAAAGAUGCAGGAGCAGCAGACGGAUGUGUGCGUGAUUGGAGCUGGAAUCUCCGGGCUAGCGACGGCCAAAUGUCUCCGCGAGGCUGGCUUCGAUGUUGUCGUGUACGAAAGGACCGGAGAAGUCGGAGGGUUAUGGGUUUUCAGAGAAAAUGACUAUGGGGUCAUGAGGUUUACUCAUAUAAAUGUCUCAAAACAGAACUACUGCUUCUCAGACUUCCCUUUUCCAGAUGAAACUCCUGACUUCCCUCAUAAUACCCAGAUGGCCAAAUAUAUAGGAGACUACACCCGUCACUUUAACAUCAGUGAAUGCAUUAGGUAUCACCGCAGAGUUACCAAACUUGACAGAGAUGGGGAAGGAUGGCGAAUCACCAGUUUCGCAGUAGAGGAUGAUGGGAAGGGUGGUGAGAAACUUGGACAAGAAGAAAUACUCGUCGCUAAAUUUGUUGCAAUAGCAACUGGGCAUCAUGCCAAACCAAGUUGGCCAAAGUUUGCUGGACAGGACAGUUUUAAAGGCGAGAUCAUUCACAGCGUGGCCUACAAAGAUGCUAUCACCAACGGAAUGGUGGGGAAGAAAGCCCUCAUUGUCGGGAUUGGGAACAGUGCUGUGGAUGCUGCUGUCGACCUGGCAACCGUCGGCAGGUGCAAGAAGGUUCAUCUGAGUACGCGCUCAGGGGCAUGGAUCGUACCAAAUUACCUGUUUGGUCGUCCCAUCGACCAUUACAGCUGUCGACUGGUUCUCAAAAUGCCUCUGACGAUCAUGAACUUUGUCUUUGAGACGUUGGUGUCUCUUAUACAUGGGCAUCCAAACAUGUAUGGCUUGAACCCUAAGAUGAAGAUCCUCCAGACGCAACCUACAGUGAGCCCAGUGCUGUUGAACCACCUCCAGAGGAAACACAUCAUCGUCCAUCCCAACAUCUCAAAGAUGGAGGAGAAGAGGGUCACCUUCGCCGAUGGCACUUCCGUUGAGGUUGACUCAGUCAUAUUUUGCACUGGUUAUCAUAUUGACCUACCUUUCCUUAGCAACGACACCAGGUCAAAGGUCACAGAGGACGGCAACAACGUCCUGAAGCUUUACAAGAAUGUGUUUUCUCCGAGCGUUGGCCCCUCCCUUGCGUUCAUUGGCUUCGUCCAGCCUGCGUCCGGGGGUGUAAUCAGUAUGUCAGAGAUCCAGGCAAGGUGGUUUGCCGAGCUCUGUAAGAAGAAGGUCACACUCCCAUCAGAAGCAGAAAUGAGACAAGACAUCAAAACAGAAGAGGAGGAAAGUAAGAAGAGAUACCACAAGUCUGCAAGACACACCAUCCAGAAGGAUCCUAUACUCUAUUGUGACAGUAUCGCUCAGAAGUUUGGGGCUCAACCUGAUCUAUGGAGGUACCCUACCCUAGCAUGGAGGCUAUUAUUCGGGACCUGCGGACCAGCUCAGUAUCGUCUCCAGGGUCCAAACAAAUGGUCCGAUGCCGCAUCAGAAGUAAGGAAGGUGUCAGUAACCGGACUAGCCCACUACAGCGUCCUGGCAGUUCUAGGUCUUAUUUUUGCAUUGCUAGUAUGGUUGAUAACAGUCAUAGUUUAUUAGGUUGUUUUUAUUGGGAACGAGAUGGAAUUUACGAUAUUAAGGCUAUUGCUGGGCGAUAUUUUUAUAUUAUCAGAAUUAUGCGAUAGUGAGAAAAAUAUUGAAUACUCAAUAAUAGUUUUAUGAUUAUGUUGAUAUAUCGUGCUAAAAAGAUAUGACCAAAAUAUUCUUCAUUAUGAAAAGUUAAUCACUAUAUAUUGACCACAAUGCUGCUCUGUAUUGCUUUAAACCAAGUCAGAACUUUGGAAUGCCCACUUUUCAUGGACAAGCAAUGAUGAAAGCCUUUCUUUCAGAUUCAGAUGCAUAUUCAUUUAUUUCACCCCUCUUUAAAAUACACAUAUGUACAUAAAUACAGAUAAACUUUUUAUACAACAGAACAGAUAUUGACAAGUAUAAAGUAUAAGUACAUGUAGUCAUAAAGAAAUAGUAAAGAACAACGAUCUCCACUGUACGACGGAUUUGGGGGAAAGACAGAAAGCCAUUGGCCUAUCUAGGUCUAUCCUCCUGAUUGCCGUACCACAGGGAAAAGGCUUACAUAGUUUACAAAGAGAGAAAAAUAACCAAGCAUAAUCCAAGAAAGGGAAAAACAGAGGAAUUAAAAUCCUAAGGGGGGUGGCAGGCAAAGGAGGGGGACAAGUGUUAUUAAUUUAUUACUGUAUUGUAAUAGGUCAUUAUGGCAUAUAUACACAUAAAUAUACUGAUAAAGAUGUAUAAAUGUAUAAAUAGACAUUUCCCCCAUCCCUGCUCUCACGGAAAUGCAGCUCAUGAUGAUGUGUAUAAUGAAUUUUCAGACUAAUGGCAAUAUUUUGUGCGAUAAUCGACUAACAUUGGAAUCAAUUAUCAACCAGGGCCCCGUCUUACACAGAGUUUCGAUUGAUCCGAUCAAUCACAACUAUGGAAAGCCAGCAACAUCGACAUCCUAAAUACACGUUUGUUCAAAAUAAUUUGUAGAUCUGAUGUAUAUUCAUACAUUCAUUGUUUACUUGAAAAUUCAGUAUGCUUCUCUUUGUUUACAAAGGAUAUUAUUGUGCAAAUUUCCAUAAGAAAAAAAUUAUGACAUUGAUGGAUUUCCAUACAGUUGAGGUUGAUAAGAUCAAUUAUAACUCUUUAUAAGAUUCAGUCCAGCACUAAUUAAGGCUUGCCAAAUCAAAGCCAUUUAGGUCAAAGUAAAAAUGUAUGGCCCAUAUUUUUAACUCGGGUUUAACAUGGGCCAUGGUCUAAAUCUGUGGCGAUAUGUUGGGAAAUUGAAAUUGUCAAGAAUUUGUUUUGUAUGCUAAGAGGGGUUCAUGGGGGACUGUGUUGGGAAAUGAAGAUUUGUUUAUAUUGCUGCAUUUUCUCUAUCAAAGAAUUUAAUUUAUAUUUAAUUAUAUUUGAAUCUGUAGUGCAAUGGACUUUAUUUGUUGUAUAUGUGUACAUGCAUACAUGUACAUGGGUGUUUCAUGUACACUCUUUAUUCGUGAAAUUAGACAUUUUUAUCAUAUCAAAUUUGAUAUGUUCAAAUGUACUUGCCAAAUUCAUUAUUGAAUUAUAUGAUUACAUUUGUAAUUUCUAUAUUACUAUAUUUCUCGUCUAGAUAUUUAUAAAUCCUUGUCAAAUUUUUGUAUUGAUGUCUUCCAUUGGUUUAAUAUUGUUUUUUUUUUUUUUUUGUAAAAGGAUGUGAAUCUCAUUUUAAAAUGGAAGUAUGAAGUGAAACAAAAUCAGGAUCAAAAAUCUAUUUUUGUAAUUUGUUGAGGUUAGUAAUGGUGCUUAAAAAACGGUUUCAAAGAGAUUACAAAAGUUGCUAUCCCUCCCUCCCCCUCUCUUCCUCGUUUUUCCUUUCCCCACUUGAGCUUUUGUUCUCAUCAUGUAUUUAAUACAAUUGACAAUAUAUUUUUUUUAAUUUAUGUAAAAUUGUACAUUUUAUAUGAUAUAUUUUAUUGUUUUAUUAUUAAAUGUAUCUCUAUGAUUCAAACCAAAGAAUAAACAACUCUGAAAUUAUAAAUGUUUAUGUUUAUUAGUGUUUUAUUUAUAGGAA